UACUGUUCUAACGUUGGUGGUUAUUUUAUAGAUGGUGACCUUCUGUACUUCCAUCAGUAUUAACUAAGAUAACUACUGUACAGGAGGCGGCCAAGAUAACUGUGUUGAGUAGCCCUGACUUAGCAAGAUCCACCGUCCAUUAAAAUGUUGAAGGGUCUCGUGUCGGUCGUGACUGGCAGUGCUUCAGGUCUGGGUCGAGCCACUGUGGAGAGGAUCGUCCGUGAGGGUGGCCGGGCUGUGAUCUGUGACCUGCCUACCUCACAGGGUGCUAAGGUGGCAGAAGAAAUAGGGGACUCUGUUAUCUUCGUACCAACUGAUGUUUCAUCUGCCUCUGAUGUGGAGAAUGCAUUAGCAGCGUGCAAGGACAAGUUUGGCCGACUCGAUGUGGCCGUCAAUUGUGCUGGGAUAGGCAUAGCUGUGAAGACAUAUAAUCAUAACAAGAAAUUAUCACAUUCAUUUGAAGAUUUCAUGAGGGUUCAGACGGUUAAUUUGGGAGGAACUUUCAAUGUCAUCCGGUUGGCCAGUGCUUUAAUUGCUGAGAAUGAACCAAAUACUGAUGGACAGCGAGGAGUUAUAAUAAAUACUGCAAGUGUUGCUGCCUUCGAUGGUCAGAUUGGCCAGGCAGCGUACUCCGCCAGCAAAGGAGGCAUUGUGGGUAUGACUCUACCUAUUGCUCGAGACUUGGCACCCGUGGGCAUCAGAAUUUGUACCAUUGCACCUGGUUUGUUCAAGACACCGCUGUUGAUGAGUCUGCCAGAGAAAGUACAGAACUUCUUGGCCAAAACUGUGCCAUUCCCACAGCGUCUGGGUGACCCCGAUGAGUAUGCAAUGAUGGUUCAAGCUAUCAUCACAAAUCCCAUGAUGAACGGCGAGACAAUACGUGUGGACGGAGCCAUACGGAUGCAGCCUUAAAUUACAUGAUCUUUGGCUUUUUUCACACCAGAAUUGUAUAGUAGCAGUAAAAGUAUCCUUAUAUACGAUAUAAUGAAAGGACUGACCUGAUAAGAGAGAGUGGCAUCAAGCAGACAACAACUUUAUAUAUAGCUUUAUAAUUUUUAGUACAGGUAUAGGCAGUUUUUUCAUGGCAGGGGAUACAGACCAAUUGUUACUCCAUAACCAAGUCUCUUGUGUGAUUUAAACUAUUAUUUGACUCUAUUAUGUACUGGGAAAUUUAAACUGCAAGAAAUAAUAUUAACCAAAAUUAUACUGUAUAUUAUACAUUAACACUUUCCUCUACUUAGAUGAAAUAUUUUGGAACUGGAUGUAUAUACUUAGCCUACAGGUGAUGGUGGUGGCAUAAAAUGGACAUAUCCUCAAGUUUAGACCAAGUUUGAACACAAGAACCUGUAUGGCUUGUGAACAUUCUGAAUUUUAACAUUUAUGCUUAUGAGUACUGGGUGUACAAAGUGUCAACAGAAUUAAAUAGCACGGAAUUUUGCUUAGCGUAAAUUGUAAUUGUAAAUCAUACUAUAUAAAGCUAUUACAUUUCUGAAUUGCAAUAUUACUGCAGUUGGAAUGUGUGGAAUCAAACAAUGUUUACUGUGUUAACUAUGGUGAAGGUGAAAGUUGUUUUAGGUUUGGUUGUUAAUUAUCAUCACCUAUUACAAAAACGUAUUACUAUUAUGGCUGUCAAAACUUGUAUGAAACAUGGGAUAUCUCAUGAGUGUUUUGAUAUUCUGAUCAAACUGUGGCAGAAUUAACAACUAUGUAGUCUUAUGUACUCUAGUGGGAAAUGUGUUGAGGCCUACAGUUCUGAACACAGCUAUAAUUACUAUUUUUGUUUUGUUUUCCUGUAAGUUCAUUAUCACUGCUGCUCAAGGUGGUAGGAUCAACAUUUGCUCUCUUAUACAGUUCUAUAUUACCUUGAACUUUUUCUACAUGUGUUCUGUAUUUAAUCUCUAUUUACACUAACUGUAAGACACUAAGUGAAGGCAUAACUAAUGUGUGUAAUAAGCAAUGGGCAACUACUGUACUGCAAAAUGUCACUACACUACUUACAAAUGUUCAGUAUUUUUUUAAUAGGAAUAUUUUUAGAUGGUUUUGUAAAUAUAAAUAUAGUGUAGACUAAAACCUGCUUCUGAUAUUACUUUACACAAAAAGUGUAAGAUGAUAUUUUACAUUUCUCAUACAUGUACAGUACUGUACUUGAUUUUCAGUAACCUAAAUAAGAAGAAACUAACUAAGGUACAAAGUUAUCUCGAUUGUCAGUACAUCUGUUGGUCUUGCAUUCUAAUUUUGCUGUGUUGGAAUGAUUUUAAGCCACCCAUCUUUUUGUCUGAGCUAUAAUAUAUUACAACCAUAUUGUAUGUACUGUGUAUACUAAUGAUCCAAAAAUUUUGAAAUAAAAAAUAGCAUUUC